AUGUAUUCCGAUCCUUUUGAAAUACAGGUUGUUAACUUGGAGCUUCAAAAAUGCGUGUAUCUUGUAGAUUUAAACAGUUUAGAUGAUGUUGAGAGAAAAUUAUAUGAGAUAUUUUUAGUAAAAUUGAUGAAACUCUCAAAACAAUUUACGUUGCAGUACAGGAAGACAAUGUUCGGUGAAAGGAAGGAUGUGGUAAAAGAAAAAGCAUAUCUGAUUGGACUGAUUAAUCUUUGUUUUAAAGAAACAGAAAGAAAAGUUACCUUUGAAAAGAUUAAUGAAGAACUCUUCAUCGAUGAAGAUAAAAUUCAUGGAUUUGUUCUUAAGGCUUUCGGUUUGGGUCUCCUUAAAGGAUGGAUUGAUGAAUGUAAUAACAUUUUAUAUUUCAACACUAUUUUACCAAGAUGUUUGCCAAAUGAGGAGUUAGAAAAGAUGCGAAACAACAAAUAUCUUAGUAUUGAAGCUUCAGAAGAUGAGUCUGAUAUUGAAUCAGAAGAUUUAGACAAUGUUGUAGACAGAAUACCUGUUUCUAAUUUUGUUGACAUUGCGGUAAAGCUAGAAGAAAAGUAUGCAACUAUAGAAAAAGAGUUAAAUGAGAAGGACAAUUUUGAUACGGACGAGACUGUUGAAGAAAGUCUUAUGCAAUCACAACUUAUUCCAAAAAAUUAUUCUCCACGUUUGUUUCUUGUACGUGUCAAAAGAGGAGCAGAAAAAGAAAUUGCACUUAGAAUUAUCCAUAAUAAGCCUAAUGUAUGCAGUAUCGUAGCUAAAGAUGAUGGUUUAAAAGGAUAUAUCUAUAUUCAAGCUUUUCAAAAACAGAGUGUACUAGAUUCCUUUGGUAAGACUAGAGGGAUUAAUAAAAAUAAAAUCUCUAUCUUUCCACAAGAGGAGAUGAUUGCAGCUUUGACGUACAAAAACAAUUAUAGAAAUGUAGAGUUUGGUAGAAUAAGAAAGGGUAAAUAUAAAGGAGAUCUUGCACAGGUGAUUGAUACCGAAGGUGAUAUGAUUAAAAUAAGAAUAAUUCCUAGAAUUAAUAGUGUCAAAAAAUUGUUUAAUCCACUUGAAUACAAAGAUGAGGCUAUCAAGCAAGACAAAGACACGUUUAUCUAUAGAAGAGACAUUUAUGUAAAUGGUUACUUGGAAAAGGAGGUUCUAAGAAGUACUGUGGAUCUUGAGGUGGAGCCUAAUUUUGAGGAGCUUGAGUCAUUCAAUGUUAGGAAAAAAUUUGAAUCUGAUGAAAAGGUAAAGGUUACUAGAGGUGAACUUAUUGGGACCCAAGGAGUCGUUCAAAGUAGUCUUGGGAAUAUUAUUACGAUUUAUGACAAGGAUAAUGAUCGUAAAUAUGAAGUACAAGCAGAUUUUUGUGAUAGAUAUUUUAACAUAGGGGAAGAAGUAUGUAUCAAUAACGAGAAUGGAGUAAUUACAAAUAUAAAGAAUAAUUUGUAUUACAUUGCGAUAAAAAACUUUUCUGAAGAAAUCAAAGCCACAACUGAUCAGAUCAAAAAACCAAUUCCUGUGUUUAGAGAAUUUAAAAAAAAAGGAGGCACCUGUUCUGACCAAAAGAUUCUUCAAUGA